AUGCUGAAUACUACCCCAAUCAAUAUCGACAAAUGGUUGCAGGAAAAUGGACACCUGCUUCAGCCUCCGGUCAACAAUUUCUGUCUGCACCGGGGCGGUUUUACCGUUAUGAUUGUAGGCGGGCCCAACGAGCGCACCGAUUAUCAUGUGAACCCUACGCCGGAGUGGUUUCAUCAAAAAAGGGGCCACAUGACCUUGAAAGUCGUGGACGAGUCCGAAGAAGGUCUCAGCCGGUUUAAAGACGUCACAAUCGGCGAAGGUGACUCUUACUUGCUGCCGGCAAACGUUCCACACAACCCUGUCCGCUACGCAGACACGGUAGGCAUUGUCGUCGAGCAGGACAGACCCGACGGUCAACACGAUAAAAUGAGAUGGUACUGUUCAAAAUGUCGGGAGAUAGUAUGCGAGUUUCAUUUCCAGAUGCUGGACCUGGGUUCCCAGGUCCGCGAGGGCAUCGAGACGUUCAACAGCGAUAUCAAGCACAGAAUCUGCAAAAACUGCGGAACAGAGAAUUUUUCCAGGCCAUGA